UUCACUUAUCCUCUGCAACAUGUCUAAAGCAAAUGUGAGAAGACAGUUAGCACUUCUAGAGAAGAACAAGGUUCCCAAAGAGAAGAGUACUACUACUGUAUUCAGCCCCAACUUCUCUUAUAAACACCUAAAGAGAAUCUACCCAAUUGGACUUCACAAGAGUUCUUCAUCCUCCUCUCUAUCUCUAUCAUCAUUAUCCUUGUCUUUGUCAGAGAACUCCAUUGACUCUUCUUCUAUCAUUGAAUCUAGUUCUCCACUCGAUCAGAAGAUAUCAUUGGCACUCCGCCUCAUUUCACCGCCCCAAAAAAGAGAGUCUCCGGUGCCUAAAGUUGUCCAACAGCAGGAAACUGAUGAUGGGGAGGUAAGGAGGUGCAACUGGAUCACAAAGAAUAGUGAUAAAGUUUAUGUUGCAUUUCAUGAUGAAUGCUGGGGAGUUCCAGUAUAUGACGACAAUCAAUUGUUUGAGCUGCUGGCACUGUCUGGAAUGUUGAUGGACCACAAUUGGACUGAAAUUGUCAAAAGAAGGGAGCUAUUCAGGGAAGCCUUUUCCGGAUUUGAUCCAAACACCGUUGCCAAAAUGGGGGAGGAACAAAUUGAAGAGAUAGCUUCCAACAAAGCUCUAAUGUUGCCAGACUGCAAAGUCAGGUGCAUUGUAGACAAUGCCAAAUGCAUAUUAAAGAUAGUGAGGGAAUGUGGGUCUUUCAGUAGCUAUAUGUGGGGUUCUGUGAAUCAUAAACCAGUGAUCAACAGGUUCAGAUACCCCAGAAAUGUUCCUCUGAGGAGCCCGAAAGCAGAAGCCAUGAGCAAGGAUUUGAUAAAGCGAGGAUUUCGAUACGUUGGACCAGUCAUUGUGUACUCAUUCAUGCAGGCUGCUGGAUUGACAAUCGAUCAUCUCGUGGAUUGCUACAGGUACAGCGAGUGUGUAAGCCUUGCAGAAAGACCUUGGAGACAUAUCUAGCUACACUCUCCUGUUUAACUUAAUAACUGAGUUCUAUGUAUUGUAUAUCAUUUGUCUAGCUAGGAAUCGAUAACUUAUUAAUUAAUUAUUUAUAUUUUUCAUUAUUUAUGCAUGAA